AUGGUGCUGAAGAACGGAGAGUGGCCUUCACGCCUGCUUUCGGCGUCAAGAGGAGGACGGCGUCGAUGCCAUCCUCGAGGACACAGAACUUCUUGCUCACGCAAGAGUGAGCAAGCAGAUCCAUGUGUGCUCUUGUCACUGUGUGGUUCUCUCCGGAUGCGUGUGUGCCGGUGGCUUUGCAGUGGCGGUCGUCGACAUAUCUCAGCGCCGAUGGCGUCGUCGUCGUCAGGGUACGAUAUGUCAUAGGCUGAUACAAACACAGCCUUCAGCCAGCCUGUGUGUGACAUUUCAGGCUGUGAGUGCGCGCAAUUUAGUCCAAGAUGCCCUCAUUCGUCUGUCUGCAGCUGUAAGCGCAACGAGAGCACCAGGACAAAGCGACUUGCCUGUCUGUUGUGCGUUGUGGUUUGUGCUACCCAGUUCACCCGUCCCCGCACAGGCGUAAGGAGAAGUGGCUAUCUGCAACCUUCGACUGGCAUCGCGCCUUAAGGACAGGGAACAGCUGCAGCUUACAAUCGCUGGUGGGCACAGGGAGAUAGACAAGGCAGACGAGGGGAGAGAGAUACAGGAUGGUGUAUUGCUGUAGUGAUGUGCUCGGCCGCAUGCAGGUUAAUUCAGGCAACGGGCCUAUCAGCGGCAUCAUGUCAAUCGCUGACGGCCAUGGGGACGUCAAGCCUAUGCUGCAGGGGGAAAGGAAGUCACCUCUGCUCACGGCGAGCAACCCGACAAGCACCAACCAUGACAAGGAUGCCUCUCAUACGGCGCCAUUUGUGCAGCAAGCGGCUCUCGCAAGAAGAUCAUGCGGCGGGGCAUCGGUGGGGUCAGAUCCAGCUGGUGCGCAGCCAUCCUGACUGGAUGCAGCCCUUCCAGUCCGUCACAGAGAUCCGCUGCUGGAUGCCCUCCUCGAUGAAUCAACAAAGCAUGCUGGGUUGGAGGUCAGCGGGGCGCUGGUGCAGGCUGCUGCUGGGUACAUACUAUGUCGAGAGGCUGCCGGACGCGUCAGAGGAGACUUUGCAAAGAGUGGAAGAGAGACCUGAAGGUGAUGAUGCACACACACAUGGGCACACGCACUCAUGUGGUGCAUAUGUGUGCGUGCGUGCGUGCGUGUAUGUGUGGUCAGGGGUUGAAGAACGAUUCCCUCUCAGUACUGUUCCGCAGCGGCCUCACGGCACCCGACCUGGUCGACAAGAUCCUUGAAGGCGUCGGCAUAAUGCACGGCACCUACUCGACCGGCGCGCCGCCAUACAAGUGCUCAUGCUCACCGGAACGGAUCUGCUUCCGCGCCCCGAGUCAGAGCAGAUCAUCCUCAAACAGGAGAUCCUCGAGAUGACCUGCGCUUUCUGUGGGGAGGUGAGCCAUGCCCCACACAGCACAGCACACCACACCCCUUCUCCCUCCCUCUGUGCCUCUUGACUACUGGCCGACCGCCAUGUGUGUGGUGUCUGCAGGUCUACCACAUCUCAUGGGAUCGUGUGAGGAAGCUACUCGACAUCAGCGAGCAGGAAAACGAGAUAUCAUGGAGAGAGGAGGCCCCCCAGGCCUUCGCCGUCGUCCGAGGCGUCGUCAGCGAUAGCCUCUUCGCUGCGGCUUGCAUCGCUCAACAGAGAGAGGGAGGAGCAGGGGGAUGGUGCGGAUGA